AUGCCUUCGCCGUUGCCUCAUCUCAUCGUGCGCCGCACAGCGGCAAAACAGACUCCUCUCACACCAACCCGAAACAUAUCAGCCAUUCGAUCAGCCUUGCUCCGCGGCGACAGAGUCGUAACUCUUCACAACACCAGCAGAAUCCUUCGGGAGCACGUCAAGAACAUCAGAGUCCCCUAUCAUCCCAGGCACAUGCAACAUGAUCAACUAUUCGAAUGGCCCUUUGGUGACCAGUAUACAGAUUCCCGUAGCAGCCACUCAGAUCAGCCAAAACAGGUCGGCCAAUUCAUUGAGCUGCUUGAAUGGGAUGGCUUCAGGCUUGAAUGGAUCAGGGUGCUUGGCCAAGGCGGCUUUGGAAUAGCUACGCUUUGGCACGUCAUUUUUGAAGACCAGAGCAGCAUCAAGGUUGUCAUCAAGAUACCUGUCCGUGAAAACGCUGACUUUGAUAGCGAGCUAGACUGGCAUCUGAGAUAUGGAGGGGCUUCUCACGUUACCCAGGCUCUUGACAUUCAGGCAAUGGCUGACAGUGUUAGGCGCAGGAUCAACAGGGGGCACAUGAUAAACCGAGGCCCGCGAUUUGCGCCGACUAACAUGGACGUUCUUGUGUUAGAGUAUGCAGAGCGUGGGAGUCUUUACGAUAUGAUGGCCAAGGCCUCGUAUUUUCGCACCAGAUUCUCGAACAAGGUGCUGUGGGAGAUUUGGGAGUGCCUGGUGAAAGGCGUUGUUUCGACAGCAUUGCAGCCAGAUGCAGCACAGAGAUGGGGUCCUGAGGGUCUCGAUAAAGUAUUGGACUCGCUGGACGAUGUUCGAAAUACUGAUGAGCUCCUUAGGAUCUGCACAUUAAUUGACAGCCACGACGUGCAUUUCGAUCUGGAAGAGCAAAAUAUUCUCCUUUCUGAAGAUGCUCAGCACUCUCACCAUCCGAUUUUCAAGCUUCACGAUUUCGGAGAAUUCAGCCAUAGAAUGAGAGAGUGUUGGCAGCAGUGGAAAGAGGCCGAUUACUGGAAAGUGAGGAGGUGUCCCAAAUCCAACCGCACUCCACCGGAAACGAUCUCAAAAGAGUGGGACAAAGUCGAUCUAAGUCAUCCGGGCCCAGUAUCAAGAUUCACCGGCGAAUCCUUUGAUCCUCAGCAUAAUGAAGUUGCUGGACGAUAUGGCACUUGGACAAACAUCUUUACUAUUGCAAAAAUUAUGGAGGCCAUCAUCACAAGGAAUUGGGUAGGCCACCCGUUAAGCACGAUGGAAUACACGGCUCAGGACCGAAGAUGCACAGGCGGCUCAUACGGCUGGCGCAUAUGUAGAGAGUCACACGCCUAUAUCGAAGCCGACCUCCUCGAUCUCAUUAUGCAGUGUCAGUUCGAGAAACCAGCGGAUCGCCCCCAACUAGCCUAUCUACUGAGAAAGAUCUGCGACCGCAAGUAUCGUGGUUUCCAGGAAUUGGAUCAUGAGACACGGACCUUUUGGGAUGACUUCUGGGCGCUCACAAAAACGAGUCCGGUUCCUCUCUCACAGGGUCCAAUAGUUGAGGUUCCAGGUCUAGCGAAUCAAGGCAAUGGCGGCUUUCCCAAUCCUCAGGGGACGAACCGCAAUAUUUCGCCUGAGAAUCCGCAUGUGGCCACUCUACGACGCAAAAGCCGCCGAUCGCCACUCAGUGACUCUUCGACGGAUACGCCUAUAUAUCCUCGUCCACAGACAGCUUUUGGUCACCGUUCAGGGGCAGGGGGAACUAAUCCAGCAGACAUCACGCAUGUAGCCGCUCUACGACGGAAAAGCCACCGAUCACCACUCAGUGCUUCUUCCACGGAUUCACCUACAGGUCUUUACCCCCAACCGGCUUUUACUCACGGCUCACGGGCAGCGAGAACUAAUCCAGCAGUCAUUACGCGGGUGCCCUCUCUACGACGCAAAAGCCAUCGAUCGCCACUCAGCAUGUCUUCUACGGGCUCAUCUAUACAUCUCAGCCACCAAAGGCCUUCUAUGUUUGGCCAGACGGGAGCUGGUCCAGCGACUAAUCCACCGAUUUCUGCUUUAGGGACGCCCGUAAGAGAAACUAAUCAGCAGAAACGCAGCUCGAGGGCUUCUUCGCGGUCGGAGGGUACAAGAAGUGGUCGGCGAGAUGCGAAGAAGCGGAAACGAGUCCAGUUUGGCAGGUUUCCAGCGUCAACAGGUCAAACUAUUAUGACGUCUGCAGGUAAUGCUAUGGAUAUCUCUAUGGAUGAUGGCCCAGAAAGUGCAGGCAUGGCAGGUAUGAUGGAUUUGGAUGGGGAUGAGGAUGAAGGAGAAGGUGAAGCUAUGGAUGAAGAUGAAGAGGAUGAGCUUAUGGGUGAGGAUUCUUGGUAA